AUGGAGGAUUCACUCAAGGAUGAUGGGCUAGUUUUAUCACUCCAAUAUUCACAAUCAGCAAAUAAUCAUAGGGAACCUAAAUUUCAGAAAUUUACACCUGAGAGUCAGAACCAUUCAAUUUCUAUUCCUCUGAGACACUGUAAUUCUAUAUUGAAUGAAAGAAGAACACUUACAGAGGCAAGUGGCAACGUUAAUUGGGAAAUUUAUAGCCAUUUUCAGCAAAAUCAAGGUGCAAGUAGGAGGGAAAGCUUGGAGAAAUUUCCUUCAGUAAAUGGAGGUUCUGUGGAAAUUGAUUCUUAUUCUACAACUUGCCCAAGAUAUGAUCACACAAAAAAUGAGGCAAACAAGUCAAAAUUUUCACAUGUACUUACUCAGCUCCAUAAAGUUCAUAAAGGCUUGGUUACAAAAUCAUCAUCAUGUUUACAUAUUCCUGGAGUCAUCAGCCCUCAUGCCAAAGCCGUGCAGCAGUGGAACAGAGUUUUUGUCAGUGCUUGUCUGGUGGCAGUUUUCGUAGACCCUUUAUUUUUCUUCUUGCUAUCAGCAAUCAAGGAAUUGAAAUGCAUUGUUAUUGAACCGGCCAAUAGUCCCAUUACAAUUGCAAUUGUAAUUUUUAGAAGCCUGACCGAUUUUAUAUACCUCUUGCAUAUUCUUCUCCAGUUUAGGUUGGCUUAUGUGGCCCCGGAAUCUAGAGUGGUUGGUGCAGGAGAGGUGGUCGAACAUCCAAAAAAAAUUGCACUCAAUUACCUUAGGGGCUAUCUUGUCAUUGACAUAUUUAAUGUAAUGCCAGUUCCUCAGGUGAGUAUUAUAUUAUUUAUGCUACCAAAAUUCUUUGGAUCUUCUGGAGCUCAAGCUAAUACUGAAAAAAAUAUUUUACGGGUUUCUAUUCUUCUUCAAAACCUUCCCAGAUUGUGUAGGUUUCUUACUCUGCUUGCUAGGCAGACUCCAAGUGGCUUCAUUUUUGAGUCAGCAUGGGAAAAUUUCAUUAUAAAUCUUCUCAUUUUCAUGUUGUCUGCCCAUGUUGUGGGUUCAUGUUGGUAUCUCUUUGGAUUACAGAGAGUUAACCAAUGCCUUCGAGAUGCCUGCCACAGCUCCAACAUAGAGUCAUGCAUGAGGUUUAUUGAUUGUGGGAAUGGGAAUUCUGUAGACGUUUUCCUUGAUCCAACGUGGAGUAGCUGGAUAAAUGAUACGAGUUCUAGUGCUUGUUUUCAAAAAGAUGGUGGUUUCAAUUAUGGAAUCUAUGCUGAAGCAGUUGGCCUUAUUGCUAUAAAUGAUAGUGUGUUUAUUCAAAAAUAUGUUUAUUCAUUGUUCUGGGGGUUCCAGCAAAUCAGCACUCUAGCUGGAAAUCUAACUCCAAGCUACUUCGUUUGGGAGGUUCUUUUCACCAUGGCUAUUGUUGGGCUAGGCCUAUUGCUCUUUGCCCUCCUCAUAGGAAAUAUGCAGAACUUUCUUCAGGCUCUUGGACAGAGGAGAUUGGAAAUGUCAUUGAGACAACGAGAUUAUGAUCGAUGGAUGAGCCAUCGAUGCUUGCCGGAAGAACUAAGAAGGCAAGUAAGAAGCGCUGAACGGUAUAACUGGGUUGCCAGCAGAGGGGUAAAUGAAGAAAAGCUUUUGGAGAAUCUGCCUGAAGAACUUCAAAGAGAUAUAAGACGUCAUCUCUUCAAAUUUGUGAAGAAGGUUAGGAUUUUUUCCAUUAUGGAUGAUCAAUUAAUAGAUGCAAUUUGUGAAAGGCUAAAGCUGAAGAUAUUCAUUGAAGAAAGCAAAAUUCUAUAUCCUGGUGGUGCAAUUGAGAAGAUUAUUUUUAUCAUACGUGGAAAAGUGGAGAGCAUAGAAGACAAAACUAUAGUUUCCUUAUCCGAGGGAGAUGUUUGUGGCGAGGAACUUCUCACAUGGUGCCUCGAACAUUAUUCAGUAAACAAAAAUGGGAGAAAAGUAAAGAUUAGUGGACAGAGGGUACUUAGCAACAGAACAGUUAGAUGCUUAACGAAUGUAGAAGCGUUUGUGCUGCAAGUUUCAGAUCUUGAAGAGGUCACUAGUCUUUAUGCAAGAUUUUUGCGGAAUCAACGUGUUCUUGGAGCUAUCAGGUAUGAAUCACCUUACUGGAGAGCUUUUGCAGCAAAAUGCAUUCAAGUAACUUGGAGAUACCAUAGGAGGCGCCGAACGCGUUACGCGGGAACAUGCUCAUACCCCCCUCAAUCUAACCAUUCAUUAAUAAAUAGUUAA